AUGGAAUCAACUUCAUCGAUAAGUUUUUGGAUGAUUUUGUUGGUGUUUGUUUUGUGUAGUGUUGGAUCGAUUUUUGUGAUUCUGAAUUACCGUGACCAAUUCACAUCUCUUCAAAUGGAUUAUUCGAAUAGUCCGUUUGUUGUUGGAAUGAAGAGGGGAGCGUUGAAAACAAAACAAUUCAUCACAAAUCAACUCGAUGAUCUGAACGAGAAAAUGAAAAGAGCGAGGAAUAUGGAGGCUGCGAUGAGACGAGAAGUAGAAGAGACGCUGAAAGAAAAAGGAGAAACUGGAGAAUGGAGAAUUGGAGAGAAGGAAGAAGUGAUUGAUAAUUCGAUAGAGAUGAAAGCAAAUCAAAACGAUUUGAUAGUUGAGGAGACAGAAACAGAAACAGAAACAGAAACAGAAACAAAAGCAGACGAAGAGCAAAAUGAGAAUGAAAUCAAAGUGAUUGAAGUUGAAAUCGAUUUGAAUGAGAAUGAAACUAGAAAUGAGAUUGAAAUAGAGGUGAAUGAAGAGAAUAAAGAGAUUGAGAUUGAAUGUGAGGUAAAAGAAGAGAAUGAAAAUGAAAAUGAAACGAUUAAAAAAGAGGUUGAAGUGAAGGUAGAUGAAUUGGUGGAAGAGAAUCAAAGCAAAGUAGAAACAAAGGCAAAUGAGAAUGAAAUGGAAGGAGGAGAUGUAGGAGAGAUGGUGAUUGAAUGUGAGAUAAAAGAAGAAGGAAAAAAGAAGAAAGAUGUAGAGAAAGAAAAUGAAGUAAAGGAGCAAACUGAAGUAGAAGUGAUUGAAGAAAAUGAAAACAAGGAUGUGAUUGAAGAAAAUGAAAACAAGGAUGUGAUUGAAGAAAAUGAAAAAGGAAUUGAACCUGAAUGUGAAGUGAAUGAUGAGAGUGAUCAUGACAAUGAGUCUGCAUCUGAAUCGGAUGUUGAACUUGAAUUGCCUUCACGUACUGUAGAAAAUCAGAGUGAAAAAGAUUUCAAUUCUGUGGAUCACGAAGAAAAGGGAGAAAAGAGCGAUGUUUCUGCUUCUGCUUCGACGACGACGUUGAAUGAAUUGAAUGAACAGGAUCCUGACUUUACGGUUGAAGAAUCAAAACCAUCUUUCGAUGAAGAUCCGUCCAUAAAACCUCAGGACAACUCACCAUCGUCUACCGAGUCAUUUUCCCCAAAUAUUACGCUCGAAGAAAAAGGUGAAUCACAAAAAGACAAGGCUGAAAAUCAAUUCUUAUUUUCUCGCAUUCUAAUAAAGCAUCUAUUUAAAUGGGGCAAGUCCUUGUCAAGUUCCCUUUUUUCAAUCUUUUUCAUUGUAGAAAUCCUUUCUUCGAUAUAUGUAAAAAUAAUUUUCGCUGCCUUCCUUAUAAUUAACAAAUAUAAAAAUUUGAAGAGUAGUUCCUUUGAUUCUCUUUUCUCUAGAGGAAAUCGAGGAAAUGCAAAGUGA